CCUAUGUAGCCCUAGCUUUGAGCAGUGGGGGACACACAGCAGGUGCUCGACAGGCACGUGUGGAGGGGCGAACUGCAUUGCUCCAAAUCCCAGCGUUGGGGAGAGAGCGAGGCCAAGUGAAGGAGCAAAGCACCAGCACCUAAGACCCUCAGAAAAAGCGCCGCAAGACCUGUACCAUCCACCACCCCAGCCGGAUGCCCGCCCUCGCGCGUGCGCCGGCAGCAGCCCAGAUCCAGGCGCUUGGCUGAUUGGCUGCGACGGCUCCUCGAAGCGGCGUUGCGCGUGCGCGCUUUCCUCGCGCGGGCUCGACUGGUGUGUAGCUCUUCGUAUUCCCCGCCGCCGCAGCCCCAGCUCCCGGUCCGGGAAGGCUCAUCCUCAGAGCUCGGAAUGUUCCCUGAACUCAAUAACCUUCUCAACACCACUCCUGACAGGGCGGAGCAGGGGAAACUGACUCUACUCUGUGAUGCCAACACAGAUGGCAGCUUCCUUGUGCACCACUUUCUCUCCUUCUACCUCAAAGCUAAUUGUAAAGUCUGCUUUGUGGCACUGAUCCAGUCCUUCAGUCACUACAAUAUCGUGGGACAGAAGUUGGGUGUCAGCCUGACUGUGGCACGGGAGUGCGGGCAGCUUGUGUUCCUAGAAGGUCUUAAGUCUUCGGUGGAUGUUUUCUUCCGGGCUCAGGCUGAGCCACACCCCUUGCAGUUCCUCAGGUCAGUCAGCCUGCAGCCCAGCCCAGAAGUGCAUGCCUGGGAGGCCAAUGCUGAGAACCUGCAGCCACUGUACGAGUUUGUGCGGGAGGCUCUGAAGCCCGUGGAUGAUGGAGAGGCUGCGUGGAGGUGCCCAGUGCUGCUGGUGGACGACCUCAGUGUGCUGCUGAGCCUGGGCAUGGGUGCGGUGGCUGUAUUGGACUUCAUCCACUACUGCAGGGCCACCGUGUGCUGGGAACGAAAGGGAAACAUAGUAGCCCUGGUGCACGACAGUGGAGACACCGAGGACGAGGAGAACAACAUCCUUUUGAAAGGCCUUAGCCACCAGAGCCACCUGAUCCUGCGGGCUGAGGGGCUGGCCACUGGCUUCUGCAGGGACGUGCAUGGGCAGCUGAGGAUCCUCUGGAGGACGCCAUCACAGCCCACAACCCAGCGGGAUCGGAGCCUCACUUACCAGUACAAGAUACAGGACAAGAGCGUGUCCUUUUUUGCCAAAGGAAUGUCUCCUGCUGUUCUGUGACCUGAUUGAGGGGCAAAUGUAGCUACCUUGGACUGUUUUCAGAUGUGAAAGAUGAAACAACGAGUGGGAAUGGAUCUGCACACCUUUGAAGUGGUAUUUCAGCCUGGAUUGCCACCACUGUGACCCGAUGCCGUGGAAUGGCUCUGUGACAGUAUGCCUUUGUUGCCCAGGGCUCUAUUCCGGAAACACAUAAGGAAUUGCAACCCGGCCUCUGCUGAGAGAGAUGCCACAUAUUGAAACCAGGUGAAAGUCAUCCCAGGAGCCUUUCAUUAAAUACACUUUAGCCUCAACUGCCCAUUUUUGGCUUUUGAGCCUUUCAGAGCCAGAGAAGGUAUAACUGUGCCAGCCAGGGGACAGUCCUGGGUGGCAGGUCUACGAGGUGACAACUUGGGUAAUUAUGGCUGUGGUAAGGCGAGUCCUACAUCAUGGCUUCCUCACGAUGGAUUGUCUCAUUUAGUUUUCACCUUCAUCCAGCAAAGGUAUUUUUCCUUCAGUCCAGUAAGAAAACCGGCUUAAAGAGGUUUGGAAACACGCUCACGGUUGUAGAGCAGGCUGUAGAUAGUGGAGCCUAACUCUGAAGUCCACACUUGCUGACUGACCCUCAAGGAAACCAGGGGCAGGCUCCCUAGCCGGUUCACAGCCUCCUUGGUUGUGUGGUCCCUGACCCAGGUGUCAUGAAACCGCGGCCUUGGUCACAUGAGGCUUCAUGGCCUUGGUGACAGGGGUAAGGAGUGUUCUUGCCACCAGGUGGGAUAGGGCCUUGGCAAGUUGCUGCCUCCCUUACCUGUAAAGACUGAAGAGGUGAGCACUUGACCCAGCGUCCCAUAGAUGCCAACUUACCACACUCUGCCCGUCGGUCAAGAUCACCUCAGUAGACACCGGGGGUAUUCCCUUAAACUGGGUACAUUUUGUUGUACCACAAUGAAUUAUUUUUAAAAUUAAAAGUAAAUAAAAUGAAAAAAAUAACACUGCAGGGACCAAGGAAAUUUCAUACCUGUUGUUUAAUUGUAACUUUUUCACAUUUUGUAGUCUUCAUAAGAGGAAACAAUUUAUCACUCCUCCCCUCAAAUCAUAAAAAAAAAAAAAAACUUAAAAAACUAAAAAAAACAGGAACGCCUGGGUGGCUCAGUCAGUUAAGCGUCCGACUGCAGCUCGGUCAUAAUCUCAUGGUUUGGGAGUUCAAGCCCUGCAACAAGGCUCCUUGCUGACAGUGCAGUGCCUGCUUGGGAUUCUCUCUUUCCCUCUCUCUCUGUUCCUUCCCCACUUGCACUUUCUCUCUCUCUCUCUCUCUCUCUCAAAAUAAAUAAAUAAAUAAACAAACAAACAAAAAAUAAAGCAGGGAAGGGGCCUAGGAAAGUGAGGGAUAAUGAAAUUUUAGUUUUUUCCCUGUAGAGGAAUUUCUGAAUUAAAGCCUGGGUUGGCCCUCACGUGGUAUCAAGAUUGUUCUUUGGAAUGAUGGAGCCAGUUAACAGUGACCUCUACGUUUUCCUCCACCAAUGUUGGAUUUGACUUAAUUUUUACUAACUUAAUGGUUGUGUAAAGUUUGUAAAAAUGAAUAUCUCUUUAAUGGCUAGGAUAUAAUUUUCUUUGUUUUUUCCCAUGUGUUGAGAAUGUAUUCCUCACUUUUAAUGACUUAUCAAUUAGAAUGUGGUGUCAACUUUGUUUUCUCA